AUGGCCAUGCAAACAGGGCACCUGCUGCCACCGCAGCUUGGGGCUCCGCCUGGUGCACGACGUCUCGACUCCCCCCCGCGAAGUUCACCUCGCCGGGGUUCGCCUGGACACAGCCCGCCGGCCCGCAUCGGUGAGCCUGAGUCCAGACUGAAGGCAGAUUUGUCGCUGCCGUCGCUGGCGAGGCGGAUCGAGGCCCCGAAGAAGAUGAUCGAUCCGCCAGCUGCGGUGGAGCUGAGACCCCCGACACGGGAGCUUGGCGUGGUGGGGACCGCAGACGUGCUGAGGCGCUUCCGCCGCGAUCAUGGCCUUUUCGCGGAGCUGAGUCUAGCGGAGCUGGAGGACCUGGCCGAGUUGAUCUCCCCUUUGGGGUUUCGACGAGGGGAAGUCCUCUUUCUGCGCGGGGAGCCAGCUUCUUGGCUGGGUUUUCUGAUGGCCGGAAGAGCCCAGGCAAGCCUGCCCCAGGUCACCGGCAGCGAGCUGCGCUUGGGGAACCACCAGGCAGGCGAGAUCGUCGGAAGUGCCCGGGUGGCUUUGUGGGAGAGGAGCCAUGCCCGACCCUACACGCUGAGGGCCCUGGAGGAUGGCUGCAUUGCUGUCCUGAGCUUCGAUCAACUGGAAGCUCUGCGACGGUCGCGACCCGCCUUCCACCACUCGCUGCUCAGAGUCCUGCUGAUGCAACUCGCUGACUCAUCGGGCUGUUUCUUUCGCGGCUGCCCCGUCUCGAAGCGGCUGAAGUGGAACCUGGCAGCCUUCACGGAACGCCGGGUUCUGGAUUUUCUCGUAAGGCUCAGAGAUGAAGGAAAGCUUCUCCCUUGCGCAGACUAUCAUUCCUUGCUGGCCUUGGCCUGCCGGCUCCGAGUGGCUCAGUGGCAGCCCCGUGUAAGCGUGCUGGCUCGCGGAGAGCCUUUAGAAGGAGCCCUGAUUGUCUUGGACGGCAAGUUCACAGGCUUUCGGGAUGCUGGCAGCUCGCCCUCUAUGUGGUUCGAUCCCGGAGAUGUUGUAGGUCUUGAGUACCUUCUUGGAGGCGUGCAGCCUUGCCCACUGGAUGUCUUCGCUGCCCGGCCGACCUUGGCCGCUUUGCUCCUCCCCUCGGAUUUGGAGGACCUUCGAAGGGAGUAUCCCUCCUUGGCCACGGAGAUUCUGCAAGGCUUAUACAGUAAGCUCUUCUCGGAACUCGCCACAACCCAUCCGGAGCCUCUGCUGCUGGUGGCAGAGGCCAGCGACAGACUGCAGUUCCAGCCCAGCGAGUCCCCGAUCAUCACCCCCGCACCGCUGCGCUUUGCGGGGAACCUCUCGCCCGAAGAUCUGCAGACGGCUUGUAAGCUGGCAGAAACCACGGCCCCGAUACCGCGUGGCGUCCACCCUUCAGCUCGCGUGACCUCGGCUUUCUCAGACGUCGUGGAGGGAUCUGCGUUGCGGGACGACGCGGCCAUCAGGCGCUACCUCUCGGAUCCGCACGGCUUGACAGCAUCAUGGGCAGAGCAGGAGCCCACGAAGGCUCAGUGGCUACUGGGCUCCUUCCUGACGCAGAAGCUCAUGGAGAGCCAUGGGGGCCCCGAGGGAAGAGCUAAAGCUCGGGAGGCCACAGUGGAAGCCGUGCUCAGAGCCAGCGGCCCUGGCUCCCCGCCCGGCUCGCCAACCCGCCAACCGGCGGUUCCUGCGUCUGAUGGCAGGCAGCAUCCACUGGCCGCACUUGGUGGCUUUGAAGGCUUCGGGGCCGCUGUGGAGUCCAGGCUGGGACUAAGUCCCGGAAGGUCCUCGCGGCACCGGCCAGAGUCAAGCCCGACCUCAAGGGUGCCCCUGAAGGAGGCCGGCCUGAAAUCCGUGGACAGGGAAAAGGCAUCGCGCCCGAGCUCUGCACCCCCCGGACGAGCCGUGGGCCGGUCUCAGUGGUUGAUCAAGUUUCCAGGAGCGCCUGGCUCAGGCCAAGGAGCUGAGAUGGGGAAGAUGGACCUUUGGAGCAAUCCGCCGCCGUUCUUCAGCUGUCCGUUCUGCAGCAGAAGGGUCCAGGUUCCCAAGAGUAUUUGGCCGUCCGAUCCUGGGGUUAUGGUGCGAACCGGACCCAGGAGAGGUAAAGGGCCGGAAUACGAUGGAGGCUUUCACCCGGAGAAGCGCAAGAUCGCCAGAGUGGUAAGCUCCACAUACCGGCACGGCAACCGGGCGGACUUCUACCUAGACGGCAAGAAGAUCGCGCUGGAUUCGGGCCGCUGGGCCUUCCACGAACAAAACAGGCGUGGCUUCAACAUCGUCACACUGGAUCCGGACUCUCAGCAGAUCCUCUCGGCGAUGUCCUACGACACAGCUUCGGGUGGAAAUGUGGCCGUAAGCCAGCUGGCUACUGAUCUCAAUUCGCUGCCGGAGGGCCGAAUCGUGCUCGUGGCGGUCCGUGGAUCCGGGCUGCAGUCGCUGAGCGGUGCAGCUAUUCGAGCUCUACGGCGCGUGGGUGCCACCUCGAUGGUGUCAGGCGGAAGAUCGCAGGAGGGCUACGUGCUCAUCGGCAUGAAGGGAGGCGCGGCCACGCGGCACGGCGCGAGGCGAGGCAUCUCAGACAACCGCCUCGGCUCCGAGGUGAUGCCGUUGCCGAGCGGCGAGCUAAAGACUCUGUCAUGCUCUGCGGCCAUGCACUUGCAGCGUACGCAGCUUGGUAAGAUGAGCAACGCCUGCAACACCGGCUCAAGACGCCUUCGGUUCAUGAAUUCAAGCAUGCUGACGACUCCUUACAAAGCGCUGGACGAUGCGCAGCCUGAAACGGCUCAUGUCAUGGACGUGGUGUCUCAUCAGGUAGAGAAGCUCCGCUUGCGGCAACUUCUUCGCAGCGUCGUGCUCGCAGGGAUCUCGGUGUACUCUUCGUUUAUCUACCACCAUCCAGUUGCUUCGGGCUUCUUUCGGGACAAGUCGUCCCGACUCGUCGCCUGGUCUCUGGCGUGUGCUUUGUUAGUGAUGAUGUUGGGCUUUUCUUUGCUGCAGAUGUGGUUCCUCAACACGUUCCGCGAGUUUCAGAAUGCGCUGCAUGACAAAGAUCAGCAGAAGUUUUACUCGACUCUUUUCCUCAUGUUCAAGGUGGUGCUCAGUAUCAUGCCUCUCCUGGCACUCCGGGAGCUACUCCGGGGCGCGCUCGCGUUGGAGUGGCGCCGCUACCUGACGAGCUCGCUGCUGAGCCGCUACAUCGGAGAGUCCAGGAUGUACUACCGUUUGAAGCUGUUGGGAAAGGGCCUGGAUAACCCAGACCAGCGCAUUGCCCAAGACUGCGGCGAGUUCACUGAUGCGAUUCUGCAGUUCUUGGCCCUCCUCGUGCAGAACAUCAUGCUGAUUCUGUUCCAAUCCUCGCUUUUGUUCAAGAUCUCACCCGACCUGUUUUACUUCGUGGUGGUGUACUCAAUCGUGCUGAACGUUCUCACCUUCGUCGUGUUCGGGGGGCCGCUGACACGCCUCAGGCGGCGCAUCUUGGCACAGGAGGCAUCGUUUCGUUUCGGCCUCGUGAGGGUGAGAGAACACGCCGAGUCUAUAGCUUUCUACGGUGGCGAAAGCUUCGAGCGUGGACGCUGCCAAGACCGGUUUUUCAGCAGCCUCAUGGACACACUCUACAGAAUGUUGGGCGUCACAGUCAGCUUCUCCAUCAUCUUGGCUGCUGCCACCUACGUGGUGCGAGUUGCGCCCUUCGCAGUUUUGGCAGGCAAGUACUUCAAAGGGGACAUCGAUUUCGGAGCCAUGAUGGAGGCCUUUUCGAUCCUGUCUGGCUUGGAGGAUGCCUUCACGACUCUUGUGUCCCAGAUGAGUUCAAUCACUGACAUGGGCGCGCAGGCUAUACGCAUUCAACAGAUUUGGGAUCUGGUGUCCGAUGACAGCAAAGACUUAGCAGACAGCCCUGCCAUUACGAUGGAGCGUGAUGCUGGCAGUAUCAAGGAGGAGUCCCAGGAAGUGCCGGUACUCCUUCAAAUGCAGGAGGUGACGCUUCAGACGCCGUCCGGCCAUGCGGUGCUAGUGGAGCGCUUGUCAUUCCAGCUGAGACAAGGUGAAUCGCUGCUGUUGUGCGGCCGGAGCGGCGUGGGAAAGAGCUCACUACUCAGGAGCAUCGCAGGACUCUGGGGGCGAGGCACUGGCGUCAUCCGCUGCUGCCCGCAGAAAGAGACCUUCUUCCUGCCCCAAGAAACGUACCUGUGCUUGGGCACACUUCGCGAGAACGCGACCUACCCAGAGGAGGCUGGUGGGGCCGACCUGCGAGAUGAUGCCAUACGGGAAGCUCUGGUCAAGGUCAACCUAGAUUAUCUUCACGACCGUUAUGGCCUGGAUAAGCCCGUCGACUUUGACGCAGUCCUUUCUGGUGGGGAGCGGCAGCGCUUGGGCUUCGCACGCCUACUGCUGCGCCCAAAUCUGAAGUUUGCGAUUCUUGACGAGGCGACCUCGGCAUUGGACCGGUCCAACCAGUCAGCCAUGUACGAGAACCUGCAACGGCAUGUGCAGGGCUUCGUGUCGAUAGGGCACUCCUCCAGCCUCGAGGUGUUCCACACGCAGAAGCUUGUGUUGGAAAGGUCCUCCGAAGGUGCAGCUGGCUGGCGACUGGAGUCCAUCCAACGUGCUGAGCUGAUGAAGCAUGGUCUUGGCAUGAGGAGGCGGCUGACACGACUUCGAGGUGAGCCCCGCGAUCCCCAAGACCUGGGUUGGUACUUCCUUCAGCAGAAGCAGUUCCUGGAUGACCUCAAGGUCUGCGAAGAUCGGCACGAUGCCUGGAAUUCCAAGGUCUUCGUGCAGGACGAGGAGAUCGAGAAACUGAAGAAGCAGGUGAGGGCCCUCGAAGAGGAGCGUGACGGCUUGCGCAAGGAUCUGAAGGAGACGAUGCGAGAAAGAGAUGAGUGGCAGGUGUCUGCAUUGCGAGUGAUGUCGAAACGCGAGUUUCGGUCCAGCGUGGAAGCUUUGGAAGCGGCCAGGCGAAGGCCGCUGCCGCCCUGA